UCAAAGUAAAAUUGCGUUUGUUGUGAGCGAGAGUUGAAAAAGUCUUCAGAUUACCGUUCUAAAAUCAUGAAAUUCUAAACUUGAACAAGAAUUAGACAACCACUAUUCAACAUAUGUAUAAUAUGAUAGGUAGUCACAUGCAAUAUAAACAUUCAGAAUGAGGCCUGGUGAUCAACAGCGCAAUCAAAUGCCUCCAAGAGGACCAAGGCAUUGUGGUACAGGUAUGCUUCCGUUUAACAAUGCUGGCAUGCCGAUGUCUGGUUUGGCUGCAUGUUCCAUGCCAUUCCCAGUUGGGCCAGGAUCGGGUCCUGCCCCACAAAGACCAUUUCACUGUAUGGUAGGACAACAAGACAGCUUCAUACCAUCGAUGAUGUCAAAUCAAGGCCACAAUCCUCAAGUUAACCCAGGAUUUGCAAUGCAAAAUACAGCACGAAUGGGCUUCAUCCAACAACCUACCUCGUACCUUCCACAAAAUAUGAUGCCAUGGGGAUCAGGUGCUGCUGUCCCGGCUGUACGGUUUCCUGGACAAAUGGGACCUAGUCCAGCUCCUUCUCAAGGUGGAAUGACAGCACAGUGGAAUCGAAAUAACUCUGGAUUUCAGGCAGGUCCAGUGCUGGCACAGGAUUUGCGGGGCAUGGGAAACAUCAGCAUAGGAUCGGGUGGUAACUUGAUGGGUGGCGAGUCGAGUAGAAACCAGUCCUUCAGGAGAUCGGGGGACAGUGGCCGGUCAGACAGUGAACACGGGGACGGGUUCUCUUACUCAAGGACAGACUCCGGUAGUGACAGACCUCGAUACAGGAACUAUGACACAGAGAGGAGGUCUCGAGAUGUAAGUAGAUAUAGAGAGAAGAACCGGUACAGUGAUUCCGACAGAGAUAGAGCUUCUGAUAGGAGACCUAGCACAAGCAAAGAUGUCGAGAAAGAAAGGAACUCUGACUGGGAUAAGGACAAUAGUUGUUCAAGUUCCAGGAGGUCGGACAAGGAAAGGAAAGUAAGUAGAGAUCAUGGAAACAGGGGUUCCAAUAAAAGUCUGGAUAGAGAGAGAUCUGAUGAAAAGAGCGGGAGGUUAGAGACUGGAGAACGGAACAGAAAUCGAGAUACAGAUAGAGGUCAGAAUCGAGGGAAGUCUGUUUCAGAGUCACAGAGGGACAAGAGAAGUGAAAAAAGUAAAGCAGGAGAUCAUCAUUCGAGUUCUCGACCUCCAUACAAAAGUUCUGAUGACAGAAAAGAAAGUGGAGUAACAAGUAAACGGUAUGAUUCAAGAUCAGACAGGAGUAAACGUAGUUACUCACAACGGUGGGACAGAGAUUCAAGUCGAGAUAACAGAGACUCGAAGCGUAGUCGAUAUGACAUCAGUUUUGAAGAAGUGAACCCUGAAGGUCAGUCGGAUGAUAAUGAGUCAGUAGACGGCAGUUCCGCGACGACCAAGCCGGAUGCAUCACCACAGGACGACACACCCUCUUGGCUUCGAUGUUCUCCAGCUGACUUGUACUUCACACGAGACACAGAGCAGACGAGCUGUCUUAUGUCCACCAAACGGAUGACUGAUCUCGAGGACAAGUUUCGACUGGAGCUGGUUGAACGGGCUCGACAAGUGAAGGCAAAUCAACCUGUGAUAGCGAAACCCCCGCGCCCCCCUCCACGACUUCACCACCACCAUCACCACCACUCAGAGUCAGAUUCUGACAGUAGUAACAGUAGUAGUAGUAGUUGUGAUUCGGAUUCGGACGCUGAGAACGCUCCACCACGCUGGAUCGAGGAGCUGAACCGCAAACGACAACAUCCUUACCACAUGCAUGAUGAGCUGUGGUAUAAUGAUCCAGGGGAGAUGAAUGAUGGACCAUUAUGUCAGUGCAGUCUUAAAUCACAGCGUAGUGGUAUUCGACACAAUCUCUACCCAGGCGAGCAGGCCAUUCCAAACUGCAACCCCAAAAGUAACAAUUUGGACAAGCUGUAUCAUUAUCAUAUUACCAUGUCACCAUCAACAAAUUUGCUGACGAAGAGUCCCACUGUGAUAGAAUAUGACAACCACGAGUAUAUCUUUGAAGGCUUCUCCUUGUUCUCACAUUACAAACUGGAAAACAUUCCAUUGUGCAAAGUUAUUAGAUUCAAUAUAGAAUAUACAAUUCACUUUUUUGAAGAACACAUACCUGAGAAUUUUUCCAUUCGAGGAAUAGAUUUAUUCAGUGAGUUUUUGUUUACUGAAAUUCUUGAGCUGGUUGACAUCGACUGGUGUGGACCAAACACUGAAGAUGAGAAAACUGGUUGUCAACGAUAUCACUUGAUGCCUCGGUUUGCUCGCGGACUUCCAGAAAAUGGUAAAGAGAUCUUGUCAAUAAAUGAGGUCCUGAAUUUUCUGCUGCGGAGCUCAAAACCGUUGCUAGAAGAAACCGAACUUGCCGGCCUGCUCAAGUAUUCGGAAACCGAGUGGACGGAUAUGGUGGAUGAGGUACGUGGGAUGAUCGUCACGUACCCAGGAAAGAAGCCGAGCUCGAUUCGUAUUGACCAGCUUGAUAGACAACAGCUGAAGCGAGACGUGAUCACGUACCCACUAAUCAUACACUUCGGAGUCCGUCCACCACAACUCAGCUAUGCUGGCGACCCUAUAUACCAGAAGGAGUGGAAGCAGUACAUGAAGUACAAACAUCUGCUCAACUCUAAAGCUAAAGUGACCGUCGGCGACAAGCUCAAACUCGAGGCCAAAGAACAAAAACUGAACAGUAUUAUGAAAAUAUCAUUGAAACGGGAAGUGACAGUGGAGCUGAGUAGUGAAGGAUUUCUUAGAACUGGUCUCAAGUCGGACAUUUGUCAGCAUGCAAUGCUUCUUCCUGUAUUACUUGGCCAUCUGAGAUUUCACAAAUGUCUUGAUGAAAUGGAGAAGCACAUUGAGUACAAAUUCAAGGACCGAUAUCUUCUGCAGUUGGCCCUGACUCACACGUCAUACACUGUGAACUAUGGAACCAAUCCUGACCAUGCACGGAACUCACUCACAAACUGUGGCAUGAGACAGGUGGAAUAUGGUGACAGGAAAAUACACUUUGUCCACACCAGAAAGAGAGGUAUUAACAUCUUGAUGGACAUCAUGUCCCGACAAGGACGGAAGGAAGAGACGGCUUCCAAGAUCCCUCACAAUGAGAGACUGGAGUUCCUAGGGGAUGCUGUUGUUGAGUUUUUGUCAAGUGUUCACUUGUACUUCAUGUUUCCUUGGCUGGAAGAGGGAGGACUGUCGACAUACAGAACAGCCAUUGUCCAGAAUCAGAAUCUCUCCAUACUUGCCAAGAAACUUCGCCUGCAGGACUUCAUGCUGUACGCACACGGCCCUGACCUCUGCCACGAGUCUGACCUGAAACAUGCGAUGGCCAACUGUUUUGAGGCCUUGAUUGGUGCAUUAUUUAUGGAUGGUGGAGUCGAACUGACCGACCGGAUCUUCACCCACUGUCUGUUUGAGGAAGACAAACUGCUGUCGACGUGGUCUGAACUGCCGCUUCACCCGCUACAGGAAGACGAACCCAAUGGAGACCGCCACUGGCAGGAGAACAGUCCCAUACUACAGAAACUGGCUACCUUUGAAGAAUCUGUUGGUAUAAAGUUUGAUCACGUUCGCCUUCUGGCUAAAGCUUUUACUUUGAGAAAUGUUGGUUACAACUUUCUUACCCUUGGUCAUAACCAGCGUUUGGAGUUUCUUGGUGAUACUGUGCUACAACUGGUUGCCUCGGAGUUUCUCUUCAAACACUUCCCAGAGCAUCACGAAGGUCACCUGUCGCUUCUUCGCAGUUCCCUAGUGAACAACCGCACCCAGGCUAUCGUGUGUGACGAUCUCAACAUGACAGACUAUGUCAUCUUUGACAGAAACGGACGUGACAAAAACGAAAUGAAAACCAAAGAAAAAGCUGAUCUUUUAGAAGCAUUCCUUGGCUCUCUGUUUGUGGACAAAGACUUGGACUACUGCCGCGUGUUCUGUCAGGUGUGUUUCUUCCCGCGACUGCGCAUGUUCAUCAUGAACCAGGAUUGGAACGACCCCAAGUCACAGCUCCAGCAGUGUUGUCUGACGUUACGAGAACUGGACGGCGGGGAACCAGACAUCCCCGUGUACAAAGUGAUCGAGUCUCAGGGACCCACCAAUACCAGAAUGUAUGUUGUGGCUGUGUAUUUCCGAGGCGAGCGACUAGCAACUGGAACUGGCCACAGUAAACAGCAAGCAGAGAUGUCAGCAGCAACUAAUGCACUGAGUGACAGAGGAGAACUGUUUCCUAUUCUGGAUCAUCAAAAACGCUUUCUGCAGCAUAAAUUGAAAAUGGACAAACAGCGUAGAUAUUGCUAUGACUCGCGCGGUUCAAAAUACUCAUCCUCUGAUAACUCUAGUCCACAACCAAGAAAGAAACCAAGAUAUCGGAGAUAACAACAAUCCCAUAACGCUGUUGUCCUAGAUCUGUUUUGUGCAAUGUUCAUGUUGUCUUCCUGUUGUCAGUACCUGAAGCAAGUCUUCAACUAUUAAUAUAUAGUUAACAAGGACAUAAAUAUUUUUAUCAUCCAUUAAAGGAUUUUGUAGGAGAUAUCGCUGGCACUAUAAUUUGCGAUAUCUCCUGCGAUAUUCUCCGCAGGAGAUAUUGCUUCUUAUAAUCUUAAUUGGUCAAA